AGUUAUUUAGCAGUCAACACGUUACGUUGAAAUCUAACUGGUCCCAAGUUUUCAGAUGAUUACGUAUGCGAUUAUUUGAUAUUUGACGAGCACGUAACGUUAAUGUUACAUUUACAACCCAGUUGGGCGUUGAUGUUUACCGACAAGGAGCCCAAAAUGAUGGAAUUCCUGUUUGGGAGGAGAAAGACUCCAGAGGAGAUGCUGAAGCAGAACCAGAGAGCGCUCAAUCGGGCCAUGAGGGAGUUGGACAGAGAAAGGGUGAAGCUGGAGCAGCAAGAGAAGAAGAUCAUCGCCGACAUAAAAAAAAUGGCCAAGCAAGGCCAGAUGGACGCUGUCAAGAUCAUGGCCAAGGACUUGGUGCGCACCAGACGCUACGUGAAGAAGUUCAUCAUGAUGAAAGCCAACAUUCAGGCUGUCAGUCUGAAGAUUCAGACCCUGAAGUCCAACAACAGCAUGGCCCAAGCGAUGAAGGGCGUCACCAAAGCCAUGGCCACCAUGAACCGACAGCUGAAACUGCCCCAGAUUCAGAAGAUCAUGAUGGAGUUUGAGCGUCAGAGCGAGAUCAUGGACAUGAAGGAGGAGAUGAUGAACGACGCCAUCGAUGACGCCAUGGGAGAUGAAGACGACGAGGAGGAGAGCGACGCCAUUGUGUCCCAAGUCCUGGAUGAGCUGGGUCUCACGCUCAGCGAUGAACUUUCAAAUCUGCCAUCCACCGGUGGGAGUCUUUCUGUAGCCGGGGCGAAGAAGGCCGAGCCUCAAGCCGCUCUCGCCGACGCAGACGCGGACCUGGAGGAGCGGCUUAAUAACCUCCGCAAAGACUGAACACGCUCUACGCGACACAAAAACACUCCAGAGUUCUGUCUAUAUAUUCUUCUGAAGGAGCACUGGCUGAGCGGGCAAAGCGGCCAUGAUGGGGUUUGGGUUUCUGUCUGAGGUGUUUCAUCCAUGCGUGCGUUAUCAACAAUUAUCUUUGACAGGGCCGAUGACGUCCUGUCCCCUUUAAGACAAUGCCAAACAACACGGCGUGUGUCGCUACUAACCAGAGGCAUUUUCAAUUAACACUAACGACCCAUGUGAAGGUUACGUUUUUAUACACGAUUGAGUCACAAAGAUGUCACGCGCUCGCUUCACACGUCCGACUGGUUUGGUGUUGUUGUUGUUGUGUGUGUGUACGUCGUCGUGAGGAUGGUUUGCUGGAUGAGUGACAGCUGUCGUGCGGCUGCGCUGUCACUACUUCAACUGCUGAUUUUCACCACAAAAAAAAUGUCUGGAAUGCUUUUCAUGAUUUUGGUGGAAUAAAACUUUUUUUUUCCAGA